ACCGCUCGGCGGCAGCCGGCGGGGAAAGCAUGGCCGCCUCCUCCAGAAGGAAGAGUAAGGGGCGGUCGGCCCCGGGAGGAGGCGGCGGUGGCGGCAGCUCGCCGCGGGCCGCCCCGCUCCUCGGCCCCGCGGAGGGCGGGCUGCUGGCGCUGGGUGUCGCCGAGGCGGUGGAAGCAGGAGAUGACAAAGUUCCAAAAGUGUUGCGAAGAGCCCUGGCCCAGCUGUCGCUGAGCAGCAUGAAGUCCGCAAACAUAUGCAUAGGUCGCCCGGUCUUGCUUACCUCUGCUGAUGGGCGGCAGGAGGUCUGUACCGCUUGGCCCACCACAGGCUUUCCAGGUGGGAAAGUUGGGCUGAGUGAAACCACACAGAAGAACCUGAAAGUAAAUCCAGGUGAUGCUGUCACUGUGCAGCCUGUGACUGGUGCAGUUAUCCAGGCAGAGGAAGUCGAUGUGAAGUUGAGGGACAAAGAUGCCACCAUUAAUGCUGAGGAAAUGUCUGUCUGUCUACUGAGAAACCUAGACGGGAAAAUAGUUUUACCAGGAAACUUCUUGGCUUUCACUUUCUAUGGCAAACCUUGUAACAUCGUGGUGAUGAAAGUGAAAGGAACUGAUGGUGCAGAGCUGACUGCACAGGACAGUGCCAUUUCUGGUGACAUGCAUGAGCCAGACCUUGAAAGAUCUGAUUUGGAGACAAGUACAUUAGAUUUGUCCUUACAGCUCAGCAAGAUGGACAUUGAUGGUAGUCCAGAGGUUGCAUCCAUGAGCACACCAAGCAAACCGAUGGAUCCAGGUUCACCAGUUACACCCAGUUCUGCUGUGGCAGCCAGUGGUCAAGACUCUGGUCAAGGAGAUAAAACCUACAGCAAGGGAGAUGGUACAGACCUCACCGAUGAUUUGGAGUUGGCUGGGAAAGGAGGCAGUAAGGGACUCCCACUAACUGGCAAAACUGGAGCAAUAAGCUGUACAGACAGUUUUUAUUUCAUUUCUUCAAGAACUAGAAUCAAUUUUAUUGAAACGAGGACCAAUGUAGCAGAAGAUGUUGAUUGUGAAUCCCGAGUCACCUAUGAUAUGAUAGGAGGUUUAAGCAGCCAGCUCAAAACUAUUAGAGAAACAGUUGAACUGCCCUUGAAGCAAGCUGAACUGUUCAAGAGUUACGGAAUCCCUCCUCCUAGAGGAGUGCUGUUAUAUGGCCCUCCAGGUACUGGGAAGACUAUGAUUGCCAAAGCCAUUGCAAAUGAGGUUGGCGCUCAUGUUACCGUUAUUAAUGGUCCUGAAAUAAUAAGCAAGUUUUAUGGGGAGUCUGAAUCAAGAUUACGUCAGAUAUUUGCUGAAGCUUCUCUGCGUCGCCCCUCCAUUAUAUUUAUUGAUGAGUUGGAUGCACUCUGUCCAAAGAGAGAAGGGGCUCAGAAUGAAGUUGAAAAGAGAGUUGUUGCUUCAUUGCUGACAUUAAUGGAUGGCAUUGGCUCAGAAGGCAGCGAAGGGCAGCUCUUGGUACUUGGGGCCACUAAUCGUCCUCAUGCACUGGAUGCAGCACUGCGCAGACCUGGGCGUUUUGAUAAAGAGGUAGAAAUUGGGAUUCCUAAUGCCCAAGAUCGUCUGGACAUACUCCAAAAGCUUCUCAAGAAAGUUCCCCAUUCGCUCACAGCCACGGAGUUGGCACAACUGGCUGAUAGUGCACAUGGUUAUGUGGGUGCGGACUUAGCAGCCUUGUGCAAGGAAGCAGGUUUGUACGCAUUGCGGAGAGCACUGGGGAAAAGACCUAACCUAUUAGACAACGAGGUGGCUGGGUCAGUGAUGAUUGCUUUCAAUGACUUCCUGCAGGGGAUGAAUGAUGUCAGGCCCAGUGCCAUGAGGGAGGUGGCAGUUGAUGUGCCAAAAGUAUCUUGGUCAGACAUAGGAGGGCUAGAAGACGUCAAGCUGAAAUUGAAGCAGGCAGUUGAAUGGCCUCUCAAACAUCCUGACUCCUUCUUCCGAAUGGGGAUUCAGCCUCCAAAAGGGGUGCUGCUUUACGGACCUCCUGGAUGCUCAAAAACAAUGAUAGCAAAAGCUUUGGCUCACGAAAGUGGUCUCAACUUCUUGGCAGUGAAGGGACCUGAGUUGAUGAAUAAAUACGUUGGUGAGUCUGAACGAGCAGUGAGAGAGAUCUUUAGGAAAGCCAGAGCUGUGUCUCCUUCAGUUCUUUUCUUUGAUGAAAUAGAUGCUUUGGCAGUUGAAAGGGGAAGCUCUUCAAGUGCUGGAAAUGUAGCAGACCGUGUCUUGGCUCAGUUGUUAACGGAAAUGGAUGGGAUAGAACAGCUGAAGGACGUGACAAUUUUGGCAGCUACAAACAGACCGGACAUGAUAGACAAGGCCUUGCUGAGACCAGGACGAAUAGACAGAAUUAUCUACGUGCCGUUGCCAGAUGCAGCCACCCGUGGGGAGAUCUUCAAACUUCAUUUUCAGUCUAUGCCAGUCAGUGAUGAAGUCUGCUUAGCAGAGCUCAUUCAGCACACAGAGAAGUACUCAGGAGCAGAGAUAACAGCAGUCUGUAGAGAAGCAGCCCUUCUAGCUCUUCAGGAAGACAUAAACGCCAAAUCUAUCAUGGGACGGCACUUUCGGUACGCACUGACUGUCGUGACCCCAAGGAUUCCUGAUUCGUUAAUCCAGUUUUAUGCAGAUUAUCGGCAGCAAAGUGGACUGCACGCACUUUGAAAAGCAAAUUAAUACAUAGCCCCAUUCACGGUGUGAAUAGCAAAUUUCCUUUGUAAAGCUGUCAAAAGCCAAAGAAUUUUGUAUUUUGAGUGAGUGGAGUGUCCGAAGUUAACUGAAGCGCAGAAUCAUCAUAAUAAAUGCCUAUGUGGAAGUUUGGAGUGUAACAGAGAUCAUCCAAAACUUUGUAUUUUACAAUUUCAGUGGUAUAAUCUGCAUUUUAGAGGUAGUAAGAUUGCUGGUUUAAGUCCGUUUAUCUGAGUAUAUAUCCGUGUAUCAAAAAAUAAUUAUGAAAUUCUGAAUUUUUGAUGGAUUCCUGGUCCUAAAGAGAGUAGCAACAAGUGUCAUUACUGUCUUCAUUUGUUCCUGCCUCAACCACAGUUUAAUCCCAGAGACCAUCCCAGUGAGCCGCAGACCUGGGGAGUGGCCUCUCUACAAAAAAUGCUGAAAUUUAUUCUGAAUCAUUUGAUUUAUGAUCUCCAGAAAAGCUGCCAAACAGGCUUGCCGAACAUACAGUUCUCCAAGAUAAAGCUAAGAUACCCUGAUUGAUUACAGUGAAACAUUUAUCUUUGGUCUUAAACAACUCCUUUUUACACAUACUAGGAAGGAGGCACCUUAAAGAUUGUACAUCCCUUGGCUAACCUGAAACCACUGCCAGGCAUCAGCGAAAGAUUUUUGUUGUUGUCUGUUUGCAUCGAAAUAAAUAGGAAUGUUGAUUGGUCAUUUAAAGCUGACCACUUAAAAUCCUAAUGAAUCCUAAUUAAUGAAUAAGAAAACCUCCUUGCAAAAACUGUUAUAAAUGACCACAAGAUAGUUCAGGAACAGAUAAAAUCUCUUCUACUUAUUUCUUUGUUAUAUCAAGGACAACAGGUCCUUAUGGGCUCUCUGCUCUUGCACUCAGUAUGAAAUGCAAUUAAGCAAACUUAUUUUCAGCUUUUUUUCCCCACAAUAGAAGGACUCAGCUUUUCUAUUGCAGAAAUGAAAAAUAGAGGGAAAGGUAAAGCAAAACCAUUACAAACUUUAAGAAAAAUUAAAAACAAAAA